ACCAGUUAUCUCACAACAAGGGAGAUGGACUCGAGAGGCAAGAUGGAGUUCAGUAGCAUGUCCUUGGUGGUUUUAAUUGCAGCCUGCGUUUUGGCUGCAGUAAUGCCAUCUGAUGCCACAUACCAUGCUAGCAAUCCUCCUCCAAAGGCAUACUACUACAAGUCUCCUCCUCCACCGGUGCACCUGCCAUCACCGGUUCCCAAGCCUCCAGUUGUGAAGCCACAUCCUCCUCCAAAGCCUGUAUCUCCUCCCCAUUACAUGUACAAAUCUCCACCUCCACCUGUCCCUGAGAUUGCUCCUCCCAAGCCAACUCCAACAUUUCCUCCUCAUCACCACAAGCCUUCACCAGUGCACUCUCCACCCAAACCAUAUCAUCAUAUGCCUCCUCCUUCACCAGUUUACACUCCCCCCAAAACAUCUCCUCCUCCUCACCAUGAGAAACCACCAAAGGCACCAGUAUCCCCUCCAUAUGAACAUAAAUCUCCUCCAUAUGAGCAUAAAUCCCCCCCUCCUCCAAAGAUGGAAGUGAAGCCCCCUCACCCUCCUGUUGUAACUCCUUCCCCACCGAAGGCAGUGCCUGUGUACCCACCUCCCCAUUCUAAAUCCCCAGUCUACCCACCACCCACCCACCACUACUCUUACAAGUCUCCUCCUCCUCCAUACUAGUUGAUCUACGAAACAGCUGAUAAGGAUGCCAACUUCGCUUUUUGGGAGUUGAAGUUGUGAAGAGGCACUAUUAUUAGUACAAUAACGUAUUCAGCUGUAGUCUGUGAAAGAUAAUCGCUUGCAGCACAAUGUAAUCACAUUGAUCUGCAUAUGGACCUUAAUUGUUAAUCAUGGAUUAGAUAUAAUACAUUCGAUAUAAUAAAGCAUCCUAUCGUUUAUUUUUGUCAUAAAGUA